GGAGACAUUUUCAACCAGCGUGGUCAAGAAAGGAAAUGUAAGAAAAAACAAAGAAUGUUCUUAGUAGGUGUCACAAAUGGACGAAGAGGCUACCGUUAACAAUCUCUCAACUCCGUCCAUAAACGACCCCAUCUUCAAUUCUUGAACUUCGUGACACCACUCGGCGCCGUUAAAAGCCCACGAAACCCCCUCUAUCUUUCGCUCCAUUGGUACCACUGAAGCCUGGCUUCUUGUUCUUAGGAACCUCUGCAAAUAGCAAAACACUUCACAACCCAUCAAAGGAUCACAUAAAAAACAAAGUCAAAAUAGAAAAUCAGACAAAGCUCAAACACAAAUUCUUUCUUCUUUUCUUGCCCAGAAAGUUGGUUUCUUUGGUCUUUUUGUUCGUUUCAUUUGUUAGAUACAGUUUUGUUUUCGAGAUUUAUACUACCUUUUCAAGAUUUGGAACUUUGAAGAUUUCUGGGUUUUGGUUUCCUUGCUGAUACAUUUUUUUCACUAAAGAUAAACAAGUUUGAAUUCUCCAAGGAGAGUUGUAAAGCUGCCUUUAAUUGCUUACAACAGAGCCUAGCCAAUCUUCUGUGUUGCUAGAAGAACAAUAUAUAGGAUGGGAUCACACCAGUAUUUUGGGUACGGUGUCACUGGUGCGGGCCUACCCUACUCAUCUUCUUAUCCGUCUGUUCCUUCCAUGCCUAAUAGGUUGUUUGGUUCAUUGAAAUUAGAUAUAGGAAAUUCAACCAGCUCGCCCUUCCCAACUGAAUUUGAUUGUGAUACAUAUGCUACUACGGUAAGUGACAGCCAGGACUGCUACAGCUCCACAGAGAAUCUCUCAGGUGAAUCCAGCAGUUAUUUUAGUAGGCUGAACCCUUCUGUGGACUGUCAACGAGAAAGUCUACAGCUCUUUCCUGGUGGCACUUCAUUGCUGCAAGAUGCAAGUUCUAGCCAUAACAUAAAACACGCGUUGCUGAAAUUGGAGACUACUCUAAUGGGGCCAGAUGAUGAUGAAGAUGUAAACACACCAAAUACUUGUUUGGGGGGAAGUAGCAGGCCACAAACAUCAGAUCAGAAACCUAGGGCCUGGAGCCAGCAGCGCGAGGGUUCUCAUGUUAUUCAGACUCAGAAGUCUUUUGUUUCAAGGCAGAGGCAGUUCGGCGAAGGUGCUCAUGUUGAGAAACGCCAAAAGGAAAUGGAAGAAGUACCUUUUCAUGGCAUUCCAUCUGGAGAUUUGAAGCAGCUGUUGAUUGCAUGUGCUAAAGCUCUUGCUGAAAACAAGGUGAAUGAUUUUGAUAAGUUGAUUGAGAAGGCCAGAAGUGUGGUGUCUAUCAGUGGAGAGCCAAUCCAGCGUCUUGGUGCUUACUUGGUAGAGGGAUUGGUGGCAAGGAAGGAGUCAUCAGGUACUAAUAUUUAUCGUGCCCUUAGGUGCAAGGAACCAGAAGGCAAGGACUUGCUGUCUUACAUGCACACCCUGUAUGAAAUCUGCCCCUACCUGAAGUUUGGUUACAUGGCAGCCAAUGGGGCCAUUGCUGAAGCAUGCAAAAAUGAGGACCACAUCCAUAUAGUAGACUUCCACAUCGCUCAGGGAACGCAGUGGAUGACUCUCCUUCAAGCUCUUGCAGCCAGACCAGGUGGGGCUCCACACGUGCGUAUCACAGGUAUUGAUGACCCUAUUUCUAAAUAUGCCCGAGGUGACGGUUUAGAUGCAGUUGCGAGACGGUUGACUGCGAUUUCUGAGAAAUUUAAUAUCCCCAUAGAGUUCCAUGGAGUACCAGUUUUUGCUCCAGAUGUGACGAAGGAGAUGUUUGAUGUCAGGCCUGGAGAGGCUCUCGCUGUAAACUUCCCCUUGGAGCUCCACCACACUCCUGAUGAGAGUGUUGAUGUGAACAAUCCAAGAGAUGGGCUGCUUCGUAUGAUCAAAUCACUCAAUCCCAAGGUGGUCACGUUGGUGGAGCAAGAAUCUAAUACAAACACAACCCCUUUCCUCACUCGGUUUGUAGAAACUCUCAACUAUUACUUGGCAAUGUUCGAGUCCAUUGAUGUCAGAUUGCCGAGGAACCAGAAGGAGCGAAUUAGUGUGGAGCAGCAUUGCCUAGCAAGGGAUAUAGUUAAUGUCAUUGCUUGUGAGGGGAUGGAGAGGGAGGAGCGCCACGAGCUCUUUGGCAAAUGGAAGUCUAGAUUCAUGAUGGCAGGUUUCCGGCAAUGCCCUUUGAGCUCCUAUGUAAACUCUGUGAUAAGGAGCCUGCUAAGGUGUUACUCAGAGCAUUAUACAUUGGUGGAAAUUGAUGGAGCUAUGCUCUUGGGAUGGAAAGAUAGGAAUUUGAUCUCUGCUUCUGCCUGGUAUUGAUAUAGGAGGAGAUGGAGGUAUGAUAUACCAUGUAGUUGUAUUAAUUACAUAUACUUCUCACAGGUGGGGAUGGUGCAUUACCCUUUUUAGGAGAGUGGGAAAACUGAGGUUAGCAUUAGAAAGGUUGGCUGAGUUAUAUUUUUCAGUCAUAGUCAAUUAUGUAAUUCUAUUGCAAUUAAAUAACAUCCACUUCCUAUAUAGAGCUGACACCAUGUCAAUGUUUAUCUUGAGGAUGAGGUCCAUUUCCUCUUUUUGUU